AUGAACAUUGCAGAUACGCUAAACAGCAGCGAUAUUAUGGAUAACAAUGCGUGCAGUCUAUCUGAAACGGACCAUUCCAUCAUUCAUGCUGGACAAUCUACAAAUGACAAUUGUUGGAGCAAGGAAACUCGACCAUUCGGUUGUUCCAAACCAGAUGAACUGCAUCAUGCACUGGAACAAGUCUUGUUCAAGUUUAUUGCUGGAUCUCAUUCAGAUUCUGCUGUAUGUCAACAGAAUGCUUCCAAAGUACUCCUGCAGCCCUUGAAAUUCACUCCAGUACGACUAGAAUUAGCCAGCUCGCUCAUGAAUGAUAUAUUCAAACCCAUCUGGGACCGUUAUAAGCUCUCGUUGGCUCAGGAUAAGACUAUUGUUGCUUUCCGUCGUAUUAUAGCACAUAUUGUGGUGGAAAAUCAUGGUAAACUGCUGCAAGUAUUUUCUAUUGUUCAGGAUUUGUGGGAUAUUGCCAUUAUUGCUGGGCAGCAAGGAUUCACCGACGAUGUCAUAGCAUUUAGACUUAUUCACGAUUUCCUGGACUUUAUGACUGUGGACUGUACAGAUUCAUUGUUUUCUUAUUUGGAUAGUCGUGUAGAGAUCAUGACGCUUGGAAUGCAAUCGGAACGAGGUCGUGGACUGUUUCUACUUCGCUUUUGCAAUGACUUUCUUCGUCGAAUGUCUAAAUCCAAACACAAUGUUGUUUGUGGCAAACUGUUAACACUUGUUUCCAAUACUUAUCCACUGAGUGAAAGAUCAGGCAAGUUGUUGAUUUGGAUUUUUUGUCCUUUUGAUAGAGUUAAUGUGAGGGGAGAAUACAAUGUUGGAAAUGUGACCGUGUUUGAGCCAGCGUCAAAUUCUAAUGAAAUGGACGAUAACAAGGAACCAAGCUUAGAUUCUUUAAAAACCAAAGCCGAGUUUUAUCAUUGUUUUUGGAGCUUGCAGGAGUACUUUUCAAAUCCAACUUUGCUAUUUGAUAUCUCUCAUUUUACAAAGUUUCAAACGGGCGUAGAAAAAGUAGUCAAAAUAUUUGACGAUAUUCAAAAAGAAUCAGAUCAAAAUACUGGUUCGGAUCGUGAACGACGCAAAGUUGGCGAAAAAAAGCAUCGUGUUCCAACCAUUGCAGAUGCUCGAAAUGAUUAUUUUUUCCCAAAGUUUUUGACUUCGACCAAUCUUUUUGAUUUAGAGCUCAAUGAUCCAUUCUUUAGACGGCAGAUUCUUUUGCAGAUCAUGAUUGUGUUUCAAUUUCUGUCUAGUUUAGUUUCUAUGGAAAAAGAGAAAAUUGUAAAGCAAUUCUCUGAAAUUGCUCAAUCUAUAAACAGAGCUAUUCAGUAUGCAUAUGUCCUAACAGCCGAUCAGGAAUCGUGGGUAUCUGAAUGUCGAUCACGUUCAUUCAAGGUUCUUGAAAGAAUCUCACCAAACGGGAAAAAGUUUUCCAAGACAUUGUUGACUGUUCUUAUGCAUGAAAGAAACUGGCUCAAAUGGAAGCUUGGAUCGUGUAGUUCAUAUGAAAAGCCAAUAAUAGAGUUGGGAACUACUAAAAAACGACGCAAGGCUGAACACUCCGCUGCUGCAAACAAGUCAUGGCUAGGAAAUCAAGAAAUGACAAAUUUGUGGGAGAGAGGCCGUGAUUUGAAACAGGUGUUGAGAGACAAGGCCUCAAGAUCGAUUGUCACUAGUUUGGAUGAGCACUUGAAAGAACUUGACUACCAACUAGAAGAAGACUGCGAAACUUUGGCCGAGGGCAUUGAAGAUCCUUCUUAUGUUCAUUAUAACAACAUGAGAUACAACUGGAUAGCGUAUCGUACAGCAAUCAAAUCGCAUGCUUACUUGUUUUCCAAAAAGGAAACGCGAAAUGAUGGAUCCAAACCGCUUGAUCCCAAUGUGCCCAAAUCUGCAGCAAAGUCGCUUGUAGUGGAGUUGUUGAGGGAAUGGCGUAAAGUGGGUCAGAAGAAUCAGCUGUUUUUGAUUCAAAAUUUGCCAGAUACAGAUCAGUCAGUAUCUGCUACAGAUUUGAUUUCUGGGCAGGACAUUGAUGAUGCAGUGAUUGACGGAGGUGAUGUGGAAAAGGACGACAUUGACGGAAAUUUGGUUCAGACACAGCUAUCGCGUUCGAGCAGUGCGGAGAAUAUCAGUGAGAGUUUGAGCAAGCCCGCUACUCCUCGGCACAAUGACACUAAUUCUGAUGAACCACCAAUCAUCCAACAUACUGCAUACAAUGAUAUCGGCAAACUCAAAAAAGCUUCUGAAAUUAUAUCCAUUUCACAAGGUGUCAUUGAUGGCGAUUCUUUAGUAGAACGACCAUUAACCCCAAAACGAUUAUCGGAUGAAAAUGGUGAUUUGAAUGAACACUCAACCAAGCGAUCCAAAAUCGAUACACUCAAAGAAUAA